CUUACCUUCUCUAGCUCCUACUCUCUCUCUCUUCUCUCUUUUCCAUCUUAGUUACGCUCGUAUUCUCUCUCUCUCUCUCUCUCUCUGCGCGUCUUUAAUUUCAAAUUCUGGUUCCACUUCCAGACGCGCACUCUUCAUUUAUUAUACACUUUGUUUGUUGAAAACUCAAACCCCACCAAAACACUCCUUCUUCGUCUUCUCUCUAAUGCUCUUCUGAUUAAUUCAUCGUUUUCCAGGGCCGCUGGUGAUUUCUCGUGUUAUCAUGGCAUUGAGUAAUCCACUCUUCUAUGAUAUACGGAGCAGCAAUGAUGUUGAUCCUCCUCAAAACGAAGAAUCAACCGAUGUUGGUGAAUUGGUGAACGAUCCUGCACAAACUGCCUCUAAACCUAUUGGGACUGUUUUAAGCAGUGUUCGUGAGCUUUUAGAGUGUCCUGUAUGCCUAAAUGCCAUGUACCCUCCAAUCCAUCAGUGUUCAAAUGGUCACACUAUAUGCUCAGGAUGCAAACCCAGGGUACAUAACCGGUGUCCUACGUGUAGGCAUGAGCUGGGAAAUAUUAGAUGCUUAGCACUGGAGAAGGUGGCUGCAUCUUUUGCACUCCCCUGUAAAUAUAAAGGUUUUGGGUGCAUCGGUAUAUAUCCAUACUACAAUAAGCCAGAACAUGAAUCUCAAUGUGCAUAUAGACCCUAUAACUGUCCAUAUGCUGGUUCAGAAUGCUCUGUUGUCGGUGAUAUACCCUACCUGGUGACCCAUCUGAAAGAUGAGCACAAAGUGGACAUGCACAACGGUAGCACUUUUAACCAUCGUUAUGUCAAAUCAAAUCCUCAAGAAGUUGAAAAUGCCACAUGGAUGCUAACGGUAUUCAGCUGCUUUGGUCAAUACUUUUGUCUGCAUUUUGAAGCCUUUCAGCUUGGAAUGGCUCCUGUCUACGUAGCCUUUUUGCGGUUUAUGGGUGAUGAUAGUGAGGCGAAAAAUUACACCUACAGUCUAGAGGUAGGUGGAAAUGGGAGGAAGAUGGUUUGGCAGGGAGUUCCCAGAAGCAUCCGAGAAAGCCACCGUAGGGUUCGCGAUAGUUUUGAUGGUCUCAUCAUUCAGAGGAAUAUGGCACUCUUCUUUUCAGGUGGUGACCGAAAGGAGUUGAAGCUAAGGAUUACUGGUAGGAUUUGGAAAGAACAAUGACUAGAGGGAGUUGAUGUCCUUUCUUCAACUAGAAAUUAUAUUUAGACUAAAUAGUUUAUAGUGAUGCAUUUCUUGUAGUGAAUAUGUAUCUUAUGGUCUUGUUUUGUAUUUUGUAACCUAGGAAGCAAUCUCUCUUUGCUUAUCCUUACAUUAAAUACAUGAACAGAAAGGAAAGUGUACUUAUCAAUGUGAUCAUUUUUGUUCUAUGAUGGUUACUGAUUGAGAUCCAUUGAGAAAUUUUUGCAGGCACAUGAUAAUUACUAGCUACAAUUAAAUUCAUGAGAAAUUACUUCA